CGCUCCGCCCCAGCGCCGCCCCAACAUGGCGCUGCGAAUCUGCCGCCGCCGCCGCCUCCUCCUCCUCCCCGGGCCGCCAACGCCGCCGCCGCCACUGCUCGGGGACCGGACCGGGGCCCCGACCGCCGCCAGGGGGUACGCCAAGGAUGGAGAAGGCAGCUGGUUCCGCUCGCUCUUCGUUCACAAAGUGGACCCCCGCAAGGACGCCCACUCCACCCUCCUGUCCAAGAAGGAGACCAGCAACUUGUAUAAGAUCCAGUUUCACAACGUGAAGCCGGAAGCCUUGGACGCCUACAACGGGCUGACGGAGGAGGUGCUACCCAAGCUGCACUUAGACCCGGAUUAUCCCUGCGCUCUGGUGGGCAACUGGAACACGUGGUACGGAGAACAGGACCAAGCUGUGCACUUGUGGCGUUUCUCGGGGGGCUACCCUGCCCUCAUGGACUGCAUGAACAAGCUAAAAAGGAACAAGGAGUACCUGGAGUUCCGGAAGGAGAGGAGUCAGAUGCUGCUGUCCCGCAGGAACCAACUGCUCCUUGAGUUCAGCUUCUGGAACGAGCCCCAGCCCCGGACGGGCCCCAACAUUUAUGAGCUGAGGACCUACAAGCUGAAGCCGGGGACCAUGAUUGAGUGGGGGAACAACUGGGCUCGAGCCAUCAAGUAUCGCCAGGAGAAUCAGGAGGCCGUGGGCGGCUUCUUCUCGCAGAUUGGGGAACUCUAUGUGGUUCACCACCUCUGGGCCUACAAGGAUCUUCAGUCCCGGGAGGAGACCCGCAACGCGGCCUGGCGGAAACGGGGAUGGGACGAGAACGUGUAUUACACAGUCCCGCUGGUCCGGAACAUGGAGUGUCGGAUUAUGAUUCCCCUGAAGAUCUCUCCCCUCCAGUGACCGCAAGACCCGCCUUGACUCUGGCCGGGGGGACGACGAACCCUAACCCCUCCCCGCCCCCCCAUGAUUUCGUGAUCCGUCCCCUCGCCCUGCUCCCCCCGUUACCUCAGUUGGGGAGGAACUAAAUAAAAAUCCAGCGAGGUGGUGGUCAGUUUACAGUUUAGCCUCCUCACCUCAUUUCCUCCCUCCCCGCCACCAAACCCCCCCAUUUUGGCCGCUGUCCGAGAGGCGCCUCCAAGGCCGGUGGAAUGGGAUCAAGAGGAGCCAUUCCUCAUCAACUUCCAGGGAUCCUGCCCUUUUCCCCAGCUUCGUCCCCCUUCCCCGGAAUACCCAGACCAAACUGUGCGUGCACAGAGGCAGAGUGUCCAGUGGUUAGAGCUGGCUCCCCACACCUCCCUGCUGUCACCUAAGUUAAAAUGUUUCCACUUUGCUUUCCCUUUCUCUCUCUUUCUUCUGCUUAGUGACCUCUGGGCAGCAGAGAUGGGGCGGGGGACAGAGGACUGUUCAAAAUAGGGGGAAAGUCAGGAAAAGGGGGGCUCACCCGCCACGCCCCAGCCCCAAGAUUCAGCCGCCGAAGCUUCCCCAAGACCAUCCGAUGAGAUGCAUCUCUGUUCUCGGCCGGGCGGGAAAAUUCCCUACUGACCGAUGGGGCUGUAUUUCGGUAGAUUCCCGUCCUUAAAGAGUGGGAUGAUUCCCUCCCCAUAUCUCUGUCCCAAGUCCAAGGCUCCCUUCCCCGCAGAACUACUGUCAUUGUCACCCUUUGCAAGGCUCUGAGAUGCGAGAAGGGUGAUUUGGGUCCAUUCCCCUCGGGGCGAACGUGUAAUUAAAUAUUUAAUAUCAUAA